AUUGAAUUGAUUUCGGAGAAGGUAAGCGUGGAAGAAGCCGCCGCACGUGUUCCUUCGACUCCUCUCCUAAUCCCAAUCGCAACUCCAAUCCCUCGAGUAGAUCUCUGGUUCGUUGGGAUCUAGAUUAGAGGAGGUUGACAGAGUGGAAAGAUUGCGUGGAUCUACGGUCAAGGGUUCAUUUCGUUUUCUUCCGUGUUUGCUGAGUCUCUGAUGGUUCAGCUGAUGAGUUACGGCAAGCUGCGGCCGGACUCCGAGCUGCCGAUCAAGAAGUUGCCGGCGCCGGUGAAGGUGGAAACUGAGGACCAGUUGGAGGACGAACAUGGACCGCCUGAUAAGAGAUUCAAGAUGGCUCGUCCUCCCCCUCCUCCCCAACAGAAGUGGGAAACAGGCGAAACUAUGCCUCCAACAGACGCCAUCGAACAUAAUCUGCUUAAUGAGCCUAGCCCAUUGGGUCUUCGUCUGCGAAAGAGUCCUUCGCUGCUUAACUUGAUUCAGAUGAGGUUGUCUCAAGCAAAUGCAGCUGUCGGCUCUGGCAUCAUGAAAAAUGAGAGCUUAGAGGAUAAGAACAAGAAAGAUACUAGGUCCACUUGUGCUUUAGCCAACACUGAAAAGAUAAAAGCAUCUAACUUUCCAGCUUCCCUUUUGAGGAUCGGAGCUUGGGAGUAUGCAUCAAGGUAUGAAGGAGAUUUAGUAGCCAAGUGCUAUUUUGCAAAGCGGAAGCUUGUCUGGGAAAUUCUUGAAGGUGGUCUUAAGAGCAAGAUUGAGAUCCAGUGGUCAGAUAUCACAGCUCUCAGGGCAACUUGUCCAGAAAAUGGUCCAGAGACUUUGAAUAUAGUGCUGGCAAGGCAGCCUCUUUUCUUUAGGGAGACUAAUCCACAGCCUAGGAAGCAUACAUUAUGGCAGGCGACUUCAGAUUUCACUAAUGGGCAAGCAAGCAUGCACAGGAGGCAUUUUCUGCAAUGUCCACAAGGUCUGUUAAAUAAGAAUUUUGAGAAGCUUAUCCAAUGUGAUCCUCGGUUAUAUGCACUAAGUCAAGAACCAGAUAACAUUUUAAAAAGCCCUUUCUUUGAACCAAGGGGUUCUGUGUUUGAUCAUCAAGAGGAAUACAAGUGCCAUCCAUUUGAUAAGCUGAAGGAUGAAUGUGGAUCUGCAAUUCAAGAAUUUCAAGAUUCUGCAUCUACAUCUGUUGGCACAUCAACUUCUUUUAAGAGUGAUGUAAGGGAUUCUGUCGGUACAUUUUCUGAUGUUUCUAAAGGCGAAAUCCACUCACCAAGCUCAGUGAGAGAACGUCGGGUGGUGAAAGAAAUUAGUACGGUGGAAACUGAAGUGACAAAGAAUCAAAACUGCUGGAAUCAAUGGAAAUUCCCUGGACUCAAGCCUUCGAUGUCCAUUAACGACUUUGUAAACAAAAUAGGGCAUUGCAUUUCUGAGCAGAUCAGUUGGGGGAAUCCUGAGUUGUCGGGUAUGGUUAUACCUGACAAAGAGAUGUUGGAAGAGUUGGUUCAGAGCCUCUUCAGUGAUUCUCAGCUGCCUGCCUCUGAUGAAAAAUCUGUCAUGUCAAAGGUGAAUUCCUUUUGCAGUUUGCUCCAGAAAGAUGUUGGCACAGUCCACAGCCAGCAGUCAAACGCUGGUGACAAUGACUUCCAUGAUGGUACAUCAGAGAAGCACACUCCACCUACCGAAGGCGAGUUCAACGAUAUCUCAGGUGCCAAGACAGCAGCGAGCAUCUCAAGGAAAGAUUCGUUUGGGGAGCUGCUGAUGCAUCUCCCUCGCAUUGCCUCGUUGCCUCAGUUCUUGUUCAAUAUCGCAGAAGACGAAGAAGAUACCUCCCCAUCAAACUAACUUUCAUGCAUAUGUUCUUCAAAAGGUCAUCAUCCUUCCUGCUUUUGAUGUAUAGAAAUAGUAGUGUAGAUGUAUGUCAGGGUUUUAGACAUUGGCCCUGUAAAUGUAGGUUUGCAUUGUAGUGUGAACUUGUGUGUUUUCAUGAAGUGUAUCAGUCCAUGUUGCCGUAUAAGCUGUUUGGAAAUCCAUAUUGGCCAAACAAGUUGAGCUGUACUGUGGAUUCACAAUUGUGACACUCCAAUUGUAAACAUUGACGAAAUCCCCAUUUUUCAACAUGUAUAUCAAAGAAAUGGUCAUUGCAUAAA